AUGAUGAGGUUCUUAGAAGAAUUCGGAAAAACACAAAAUGAGAAUCUGAAAUACAUACGUGAAGAAAUAUCGGAGAUUAAAAAUGAAAUAAAAACAAUAAAAUCAACAACAAAAAACUUUACACAACGAUUUGAACAAAUAAACUCUGAAAUAGAAAAUAUUAAAUACAAUCAUACUGCUACUCAAAACCAAAUAAAAAACAAAGAAAGUGAAAUAACCCUGAUAAAAGAUAAACAACACAUUGAAAGUUCAACGGAUAAAUCGUCCGUCUUGUGCCACGAAAACCUCAUCCUUGAACUCAAAGACCGAUACGACCGUGAGAAAAACAUCAUUAUUGUGGGUAUACCCGAAAUAAAUGAAAAAAAUUCAAAAAGUAUGGUCUACGGUUCAUGGGGUGAUCUGUCAAAAGCUCUAUGUAAUUUUCUUGCGGGUUUGGGGCUGUCCGUUUGUAACAUCUGUUCUGUUUCUAAUAACGAGUUUAUUUUCCUUGUGAAACCUUGUAAGAAUCAUGGCCGAGUCUCAAUCGAACGAUGUCGAUAUUACUACUUGCGUAGUUUGUUUCAAGAAUGUAAUGAGUGUCCCAUCUGCCGUCAAGACCUUUCAAGGGUUGUGUUUACCGAAUCCAUCCAACCUUAUAAGGAGCUUCGUAACAGGGUGUUUAGUGAUAGAUUGUUUGAAAGGCAGUUCAAGAUUGGGUUCUGUAGUGAGGAGAUAAAAAAUGCAUAUGAAAAAUUACUGGAACAUCGCUGCAAAAUCUGUGAAAAAAUUCCGCCUUUCCGUACAUUUACUAUGUUGAGUGACCACAUGAGAAGGUUGCAUGAGCGAUAUUACUGUGACCUUUGUGUUAAACAUUUGAAGAUAUUUACCAGUGAAAGAAGAUGCUACACACGCCAAGAACUAGCACACCAUCGACGAAAAGGAGACCUUGAUGACACAUCUCACAGGGGUCACCCUCUCUGUGAAUUCUGCGAGGAGAGAUUUAUGGAUGCUGACGAGCUUUAUCGGCAUCUACGUAAGGAGCAUCUCUACUGUCAUCUAUGUGAUGCGGAUGGAAGGAACUUAUAUUACGCGUCGCAUUCUGCUCUUGCACACCAUUUUCGUACUGAUCACUAUCUAUGUGAAGAAGGGGAAUGCGCUGAACAACAUUUGACUGCUGUAUUUAGAAGUGAAAUUGAUCUCAAAGCACACAAGGCUACGGUGCAUGGUAAAGGGAUGACCCGUGGUGCGGCUCGACAAGCAAGAACACUAGAAUUGCAAUUUAACAUCACACCACAUCCCGUUGUACAAAGAGCACCCAGGGAAAGGGCGGAGCCGCCUCCAGUUAGCACACCGCCCCCUGCGCCCCGAAUAGACACUCGCAGCGACGAGCAAUUUCCUCGUCUCUCCACCGCACCACCACCUGCCAAUCUUAUGCUUGGACCAACUAGAUCUUAUAAAGGUGCGGAAGGUUUGACCCGCAACGACAAGAACUUCCCCGCGCUGGAGGGGGGAGCGGGCCCGUCCCGGGCCACGCCCGCCGCACCCGUAGCCGCCACCGUACUCCGCAACUCUAAACCAAGUGUAUCCAUUCAACUGCACAGUCAGCCGGCAAGCGCCAGCAACUUCAGGAUAACGCAGACAAGUAGCAACCGUAUAUCAAUACCAGCGCAGAAGAAGCAGCCACCGUUGAGUGACGACGAUUUCCCCUCGCUCAGUGUUGGAAGAGAUGAUCACCCGAGCAUUGGUGCUGGUACUACUCAACCGCCAAAGGUCACAAUGAUCAAUAGCGAGGAAAUGCAAGCCUUUAAAAAUAACAACAUUCAUAACCAGCCAAGGAAAACAAACCUAAGCGCGGAAGCUUUCCCAGCACUGUCGUCUACGUCUGCGCCCACGGCUCCACCUCAGUGGAUCAACGUUUCUAAAUCAAAAGAGAAGCCGAAACAGAAAACGGAACCGAAACCACCCUCUAAAGGGCCUGCAUUCAACGCUGUUGCUGAUUUUCCAACGUUGCCAGUCAAUAUGGCGAAAUCGAAACCAAAAAAAUCCCAGCCGCAAGUGACUCCCGUAAACACUUCUGUACAGAAUGAAAAUGUAAAGAAUAAAAAGGAGAAAAAGAAACAGACCACUACCGCCAAAAAGGAGAACUUCUACGAUUCUAACCAUAUGAAUGGUUUGAGUGAUAACGAUCUAUCCUACAUCACUCCAAGUGUUAACAGCAACAAUCAAAGUGUUGAGUCUGAUAAGAAAAUAAAGACAGUCGCAGACAACCCUGCCACUGCAAUGGGAAAUACUCAGAAAAGUAGCAACACUGCCAACCAAAACUUCACUUUGGCGCCAAAGGACUAUCCACCACUUACUCCAAAGAAUGAAAAUCAGGAUCCCGCAAAAAGCUUACAUAAUGGCAGCGUGCCACCUGGCUUUAAACCAAGGCCGCCAUUAAAAUGUGACGGUAUGACCUUCACUAACUCGGCCGGCCAAACAUUUCCGGCCCCAGUGCACACCUAUAUACCGCCGCCUGACUUUGAACAGAGGAAUCGAGCGUUAGUUAAAAAGUUUGCCGCGGCUCUAGGGGAUGCUUCGGCGGUCGAAAACUUCAAAGUGGCCUCUAGGGCGUUCCGAGACAGCAUCAUAAGCGCCGAGGAGUUCUAUCAACACUGCCAAUCAGCCUUGGGCCCGCAGAUGGACUCCUUGUUCCCCGAUUUAGUGGCACUUUUGCCUGAUAUAGCGAAGCAACAAGAGUUAGUUGUGGGCAGGAAUGUCAGUUCACAACUGGACGUGUGCAUGACGUGCGGCCAGCUGCUAUCCCCCAGCGAUCGUAUCGCUCACGACACUGCACACUGGCCGCCUCUAGCAACUCGUUAG